UACGAAGCAAUUUGCGUUCGAAACAAUCUGUAUUUUCGUGAUCGGAAAGAAGAAAGGUUUCGUGUAUUGUUAUCGUGAAAUUCCAAGUUGCGUAGCCCUAAGUGAGCAGCACCAACAACAAAGCAAUCUGCGCACCAGGAAACCAGAAAGUGAUCCGAGCGAAAAUGGUGCUCGAAAGUACGAUGGUUUGUUUCGACAAUAGCGAUUACCAGCGCAACGGAGACUACUUUCCGACGCGACUGAACGCACAGAAGGAUGGCGUCAAUUUGGUGUGCCUGUCGAAGGUUCGCUCGAACCCGGAGAACAAUGUCGGGCUGAUGACGCUUUCCAACACAACGGAGGUGCUGGCAACGCUGACGAGCGACGUUGGCCGAAUUCUUUCGAAGCUGCACCUGGUCAAUCCGGACGGCAACAUCAAUCUGAUGACGGGAUUGCGCAUUGCACAUCUGGUGCUGAAGCACCGUCAGGGCAAGAACCAUAAGAUGCGCAUUGUCGUGUUUGUCGGUUCUCCGGUGGUACACGACGAGGGCGAGCUGGUAAAGUUGGCCAAGAAGCUGAAGAAGGAGAAGGUAAACGUGGACAUUGUCAGCUUCGGUGACCAUCAGAAGAACAACGACACGUUCACGGCGUUCGUGAACGUGCUGAAUGGCAAGGAUGGAACUGGAUCGCACUUGGUGUGCGUUCCGCGUGGUUCCGUGUUCUCCGAUGCGCUCCUAUCGUCGCCCAUCAUACAGGGCGAAGAUGGUAGCGGCGGAGCGGGACUCGGAGGUGCCGGUUUCGAGUUUGGCGUCGAUCCGAACGAAGAUCCCGAGCUGGCGCUGGCUCUGCGCGUUUCCAUGGAGGAGCAACGCUUGCGCCAGGAAGAGGAACAACGACGAGCUACGGCUAACAGUGCGGCGGAGAGUGGCGGAUCGGGCACCGCCGGUGCCGAGGCCGGCACUGCAGUGGGUGCGAGUGCGGCGGCGGCAGGUGGUGCAGCGGUGGCCGGUAGCAGCAGUGGUGGUGCUGCUCGCACCAGCGAACCCCACUCGGAGGAAGCGAUGCUCGAGCGGGCUUUGGCACUGUCGACCGAAAUUAUGCCGGACGAUGCGAUGCCGGAUUUUGCCAACAUGACCGAGGAGGAACAGAUUGCGUUCGCGAUGCAAAUGUCGAUGCAGGACGCCCAGGAACCGAUCUCGCAGCCAGCCAAGCGGCAGAAGCAAGAGGACACACCGAUGGAGGUCGACGAGGAGGAGAUCGAAAUAGUAGGCGUGUCGCCGGCCUACUUGAUGAGCGUGCUGGAAAAUCUGCCCGGCGUCGAUCCGCACUCGGAAGCGGUCCGCAACGCCGUCGGUUCGCUCAACAAAGACAAAAAGCAGUCGGACAAGGAUAAGGAUGGUGAAAGCAAAAAAUAAGCGGCGGUUCCCCGCGAGGGGACGAAAAGAGAAAAAUUUUCUGCAAAUUACUUGAUAAGUUACUUGAUAUGCCCGUAGAGAAGGUUGCCGGGCUUUGCGGUCCUGUUUGCUUCGCAACUCCGCUCGAGGUCGAUGCGAUUUGCUGUCUCAUGUA